AUGUCGGCCUUGGAGGGUGAUGCUGUUACUAACACAUCAUCAGCUGUGGAUCUUUUCAAGCCAUCCAAGCAAGUUACAAGCACACCACGGUCACCACCAAAGUUGCUUCAAGGAAUGGCUAUGCAUAAAGCCAUGCAGCACGUGUACGGCUUACCGUCACAGAAGCCUACUACUACAGCAAGAACAUCAUUAGCAUUGUCAUCAUCACCACCUGCAUCUGCAUCUUUGGCAUCAUCAUCAUCAUCAUCAUCAUCAUCAUCAUCUGCAUUGGCAUCCACAUCAUCUGCAUCGGCAUCUUCAUCAUCAUCUGCAUCAUCCGCAUCAUCAUCCUUAGACGAGCUUUGUGAAGCUCUCGAGAAGCUCGAUAUCUAUGAGCCGGACACGGAUGUGCCAGAUGCUCUUCCUGGCACUCCUGAACAAUUACGAGAGAUCGUAGAGAAUGAGGACGCAGAUGCCUCAGAGCAAGCACCAGUCAUUGAAGACAUGCAAGAUACAACCAUGGCAUCACCAUCACCAUCGCCACCAUCAGUGCCAUUGCCAUUGCCAUUGCCACCACCACCACCACCACCACCACAAGAACCACCGAUCAUGUAUACCCAAGUGGUGCCACAACCAAUCACCAUCCAUCCGGAGGCCACACCGGAAGUAGUAGUAGCAGCAGUAGUCGCAGCAGCAGCAUCACCAGCACCAGCGGCAUCAGCAAUACCUGUUGCAUCCAGCACAGGUAGCAGCAAUAACCGAUCACGGUUAGAGAUCCGAAGGCCAGUUAUUCGGCCUCGAAGUCGCCUUCGAUGGCAUAGACAAAGUGGGAAUCCACCACCCCCACUUCCAAGACCGCCACCAUCACCACCAAGGCCACCAAUACCAUCAUCACCGCCACCACAACCACCAACACCACCCGCUUCCACAUCCUCGGCCAUGAAACAAGAGGAUAGAGCAAGGCCAAUUGCAUGUCCAAAAAGGCGCGUCAAAAGGCCGGAGUUGGUGUCACCACCACCACCACCAUCAUCAUCAACAGCAUUACCAUCAUCAUCAUCAAGAAUACCAUCACCUAUACCACCGUCAAUACCAUCAUCAAUACCACCAUCAAUACCAUCAUCAAUACCAUCAUCAUCAUCAUCCACAUUGCCUUCUUCGGAAGCAGAGCCUGCACCACCAUCAUCAAUUUUGGUUGAAUAUGCUGAACAAGCAGAUUCAUUCAUGGGCGGAGACGACAUCUUGGCAGAGAUCAUAGGGACCGAUUUCGAUCCCUAUGAUGUAGCAGUCUUCAAUGAAGACGUAUAG